AUGAGGGCUGAAAUGCAGAAAGCCGGCGUCGCGUCCAGUGGUUCACACUAUAACCGAACCCAACUCUUCCAAACCUUAUGGGAUUUGCAUCAUGCCGGGGAGUGGCACAAUGAAUAUUUAAGCGAGUGGCUACAGAAAGUCAACGGAGACCCGGACUUCUGGGGUAUUCCCCAAGGAGUAGCCUACACAUUAUCUGGUGUGUACCAGUGGCUGUCCACCGCUGGUAUUAUCCGCCUCAUCAACCAAUACCCGGAUUUUUUUAUAGAGAGCAAGCUGAAUAACCCAAACGUCGAGGCCGAUCCCACGAACCCACCACUCACUAUACGAAACUCUGGAAAACUUGGAACGGCCAACGAAAAACGCUUCGAAGCAACUAGCACAUCGCAUCCCCUGAAAUGGUUGAAAUCCGCGUCUCAAAUCCGCGAGGAAGCUACCUCUUGGCUCCUUCAGGCUGAAUCCGUCACAGACGAGUUGGCCGAGUGCGGUCUUACACGACCGUUGUCUGAAGAGGUAUGGGCCCGAUACGCACCAAUGUCAUCACAACAGAAGCAAGAGAUGGAAGAAACCCACCUAGAUGCGAUAGAAGAUUUCAGAAAUCAAAUAUAUGAUGAAUCUGAGACAAGCGGUCGGGUGAAGAAACUUCCGGCUAUGACGCCCGACGAGCAAGCUGCUCUGAUCAAAUUCUUGAUCAAAAGAUACCGUAAUCUCGAACUUGGACACGACAUUGAUGACGCUUCGGUCGUCGAACCAAACGAUUUAAAUUUAAUCGACCAGGCCAACCAGGCCAACCCAGAUCUUUUCGAAGACGAUGAUAAUAUCCGAAAGCCCGAGGACGGUGAGUUGCAAAUUGCGAGCAAAGAAAUCCUCCAGGCUACUUGUGCCGAAAAACGAAGAUUUAUGUCCUAUUUGGACGACCUACUUGGUGGUUCUGAUUCUCAACCAUUAGAUUGGCAAAAGGUAGAAGAGAUUACCGGUUGGAAUUGCCACGACCUCCGUAUCGACAAAAGCAAUCCAUAA